ACCUUCAGGACACUUUUGCUGCAGAAGGUUCUGUCCAGCAAAGAAUUAUGGUUAGUUCUGUAAGCUGCUAACUUUACAUCAAAUGCAAAGGACCAUUGGGAGAGAGUACAAGCAAACAUGACAAAGGCUAGGCUUCCAUCAAAGAGAUCCUACAGCCCUGGUGUCUACCAACAGCUCUCCUACAGUCCUGAUGGCUCGGGUGCGUUUACAAAGAGCUUUGUCAGGUACCAGCCACAGCGGCCAGACAUCAUCUCACACCUGCCUCCGCUGGAUGCUCCACAGGGGACACUAAGCGACCGUCCAAAGAUUGUUCAAACUGGAGCCCGGACCAAAGCUGCACCACAGAAGGAAGAGAAAUAUUUCAGACAUGUUAGUGAUUCCAUUGCAAACAACUACAGCCCCUCUGCGAGAGACCUCACAACCUCAGCCAUAUAUGAGCUGUACAAGCACCUCGAAGCGGAAAAGUCCUACCACACCCAUAGCAAGAUAUCCCUGUCCCCACCGCGCUCACCACAGUAUGAGGGCCGCAAGGGUUACUCUCCAAGAAGAGCUGUUGGGGGCUUUGGCCAGAGGUCCAAUGGAGAACCCCUGUCCAAGAGUCACCCAGCCCUUGGCUUUCAAGUUCUUUCAGGAAAGGCAAUGGACGGACAUAGUUAUGGGAACAAAGGUCUUAAGUCAAAGGUUGCAUCUCAAAGUCUUCCUCCUAUCAAUGGCAAUGCCAAGGCAGAGACAGCUCUUGGUUUUAGUUCAGGAUUCAGCGUUCGUGAAACCAGGGUUACAGAGAGGUAUGACAGGAAAGCAAGGACUAAAAGUGUGGAAGGCCUUUUUCUCAAUGGCUCAGCUAAGAGAAGCAGGCUGAUAUCUCCAACCCAUAGCCCUGAAUUCAGUCAUUCUGUGAUCGGAAACACAAACGGCCAUCACUUUGAUACAGAUGGGCAGGGAUGGGGUAGCCCAGAUUUGGAGAGAAAUCGAAGUGGGUUGUCUCCACGCAAUGACAGAACUAAAAGAACACUCUCCCAAGCCUCACAAAAUGGGGAUCAUGGCAAGGAGCGCUCUACAGGUCUGUACAUCAAAACUGGUUCCAGCCAACAGCUUGUAAAUAAUCAAGAGUUAAAGAUCGCAUUGAAAGAUGAGAACAAGGAAAAUGGUGUCUCAACAGAGGAUGGGCAGGGAAUCAUGGAGAGUCCAAGAUUACAAAAUGGGCUCAACGGAAACCAGUCUUCAACACCAAACAGCCCUCGUAAUGAAGCAAACAGUCAAGAGCCUACACCAAGACCAACCACAAAGGAGUCUACCAGAAGUAAGGGUGUGGAUGGUGAGGACACAGGAGAUGACAACACAGUCCAGAGGGAGUAUGAUGAUGAUACACUUGCUGUUCUGGACAUUGUCUUUCCUCCCUCUACAUUCCCCACCAUUGGGUUGUCCAGGCCAAGUACACCUGAAGAAAAAGACCUGGAAAGAUACACAAGUCUGAUUGACAAUGCAAUCAACCCAGACAUGGUAGCACCACUAAGUGAGGAGUGGAUACAGAACACAUACAGCUACAUACCACAGGAGCUCCGAGAGGCCCAGCCUGAGACACUCAGGCUGGUAACAGAGGAAGCAGAUGAAGAUUACCACAGACAUGUGCAGAAGGCUAUACUGGACUAUGUUCUACUGGAGCCAACAGAGCAGGGCAGACUGGGCAUCAGCCUUCCUCCAAAGCCGCCCAACCCUGCAGGCAGGGAGCGGUACCCAUGGCAUGAGAGCGUGAAUGCAGCACGAGACUUUAUGGAGAGGGAACUGUACAUCACCCACCCCAUCCUGAGGGAGAUCUUACAUGUCUGGGAAACUGAGUACUCCACCUUCCGUUUGAUUGACAUCCCAGGACUUCAGCGGGUGAUGCCUCUAACAUUGGAGGCCUUCAAAGAUCAUGUAGAGAUGUCCAGUAAGAAAGGUGCAGAGCUGCUACAGAGCCGCUGGCUCACACAAUGUGCAGACAUUGUCAAUGUACACAGGGAUAGUCUGGAGGCAUCUAUGCCCCAGGAUGAGGUGGCUCGGAUGGAUGCAAUGGACCACUUCUUUGGUUGUGUGGCAUCCUUGAUGUCAUGCUUGUUACGGAGUGCUGUCCAUAAGUCUGUGUAUGACCUAGUGGAUCUGUUGGAGGACUAUGCUGAUGGGAAUGCCUACAGUGGACACUACCCAGAGCAGAGACUAGGGCUGCCCACCAAGAUACAUCCCAUCAAGAUCUUCAUGACUCCAGCCAGAGAGACAGUCACGGCAUCCUUCUCCCCGUCCUUCCCAGAGGUGACCUUGGGAAUAUUCUCCAUGGUGGACAGUAUUGUGAAGAGUGUAUUCCAGCUGUCCCGGGUGGAACACCUGCUGUUCCAGGCUGUGGAGGACCUGGACACCAAGUACAUCAGUACUGUACAGCUCGAGGAGGAGACUGUCCAGGUAGCCAAGGAGCGCAUCAGGAAAGUUAUUGACAACAACAGUCAUGGGCCUCUCAGCUACCGCUCAGUGUACUGGCCCUACAAGUACCUUCUCUCCAAAGACUCCGACUCCAAGGUGCAGACCUUCAUCAUGAAAGGCCCACCGCUGAGGUACUAUGUUCAAGAAAUAGAGAAGCUGAAGACCAUGGCCUGGGAACUAGGCUCCUUCUCCAUCUAUGUACCUAUGCACCUGUUUCUCCUGGACUGCACAGAUCUCAACCAGUGGCUGAUCCAGAGAUCAAGAGAAUUGGGCAACAUUAUGAUAGAACACAUCAUGGCCACCAGUCGCAAGUUCAACCGUAGCAUCUGUCAACAGUACGAUGAGAUCGUCAAGACCAUAACAUCCCACACUGAGACCACCAAGGACCUGGUGGCCCUCCAGAGGUACAAUGAUGCCCUGAGGACUGGGGAACUUCUGGUGCUCAGGCUUGCCAAUGAACAGAGCAGUGCAAAGGAAAAACUUGACAUUGCAGCAGGUAACCUUCUCUUCCUGAUGGAGUAUGCCUACCUGCCUAAAGAUGACAUCUACCUGAACCACAACACCUUCACCUGGCCUGAAAGGAUCCUACCUAUCAUCAGAAACAGUGAGAUGAGGUUGAUAAAGGAGCAUGACAUGGCAGUACAGAAGCUGCUGAAGUGGCAGGUGGACUUUGUGAGCAGGCUGGAUGAAGUGGCUAAACAGGUGAAGGACUUCCAGAAGAAGGACCGCAUGUCUGAGGCACACAACUACAUGGAGCUUCUAAAUGACAUUGGAAGGAAACUCAGGGAGUUUCAGGAAGAGAAAAAUGAGAUCAACAUGGAGGAAAUCCUGCUGGAGACAGGGGCUGUCACAGCCUACACACAGAUCCAGGAGAUCAUGAAGGCCAAGGAGCCGUUCGACCGGCUGUGGCAAGCUGCCGUCACCUUCCACUCCGAGCACGACAAGUGGAUGAACGGUCCCCUGCUGCAGGUCAAUGCUGAGGAGGUGGACGAGGAGGUUCAAAACCUAUGGCGUACCAGCUACAAGCUGACCAAGAUCUUCUCCCACCCUGACUACAUGGGCCCCCUGAGGGCAGCUGCCACCAUCAAGGCCAAACUGGAGAAGUUCAAGAUCAACAUGCCACUCAUCAGGGCCUUGUGCACCCCGGGUAUCAAAGACAGGCACUGGGACAUGAUGUCUGACAGGGUUGGGUUUAACAUCGCCCCUGAGCAGGAAACGCCCCUGUCUGAGGUGCUACAGAUGGGCCUGGAGAAGUAUGUAGAGGAGCUGGCAGAGAUCAGCUCACAAGCUGCCAAGGAGUAUGCUCUGGAGAAGGCUUUGGUAAAAAUGAAGAAGGACUGGGGGAAUGUCCACUUCAGCUUUGUGCAGUACAAGGACACAGGUAUCCCUAUCCUGGCUGCACUGGACGAUGUACAGGUUCUGCUGGACGACCACAUUGUCAAGACUGCCACCAUGAGAGGGUCUCCCUUCAUUGCUCCCUUUGAAACACAGAUAAAGGAAUGGGAAAACAGACUGCAUCGCAUGAGAGCCAUCCUAGAGUCCUGGCUCCAUGUCCAGGCCAGCUGGCUGUAUCUGGAACCCAUCUUUGGCUCAGAGGACAUCCGCAGUCAGAUCCCCCGGGAGGGCAAGAUGUUUGAAACUGUGGACAAGCACUGGACAGGCAUCAUGCUGGAGUCAGUGAAGGACACCAAUGCUCUGGUGGUGACGUCCCAGCCUGAGAUGCUGGAGAAGCUGCAUGAGGCAGAGUCCCUGUUGGAGGAGGUACACAGGGGGCUCAAUGAGUACCUGGAGAAGAAGAGGCUUUUCUUUCCUAGGUUUUUCUUCCUUUCAAAUGAUGAACUCCUUGAGAUUCUCUCGGAGACUAAAGACCCCCUUCGAGUGCAGCCUCACCUGAAGAAAUGUUUUGAAGGCAUUGCCCAGCUGACCUUCACCCCUGACAAGGUCAUAACAGCCAUGGAGUCUGCAGAGAAGGAGCAGGUGACCUUGUGUAGGCAGAUCAUCCCUGCAGAUGCCAAGGGACUGGUGGAGAAAUGGCUCUUCCAGGUGGAGGAGGUGAUGAAGCUGAGCCUACGUGAGGUCAUGGAGAAAUCCAUCCAGGCCUACCCCACCACCCGGCGGGAGGAGUGGGUACUGCAGUGGCCAGGACAGGUGGUGUUGGCCACGGGCCAGAUUUUCUGGACAAGUGAGGUCACAGAGGCCAUAGGAAAACAGAGUGGUGUGAAGCAGUACAAGGAGACCUGUGAUAAACAGAUUGAGGACAUUGUGAAGUUGGUACGUGGAGAGCUGACAAAAAUGAGCAGGAUCACACUGGGGGCACUCAUCACUAUCGAUGUCCAUGCACGAGAUGUAGUGACCAGUCUGUGUGAUCAGGGAGUUACCAGCUCCAAUGACUUUCAGUGGAUCAGCCAGCUGAGAUACUACUGGGAGUCGAAGCUGGUGCAGGUGCGGAUGAUCACCACUACUGUGCCGUAUGCCUACGAGUACUUAGGGAACACAACUCGUUUGGUUAUCACACCACUCACAGACAGGUGCUACAGAACCCUGAUGGGUGCCCUGCUGUUGAACCUUGGUGGAGCUCCGGAAGGUCCUGCUGGUACAGGCAAGACUGAGACAUGUAAGGACCUGGCCAAGGCUGUGGCUAAACAGUGUGUGGUGUUCAACUGCUCGGAUGGGCUGGACUACAAGGCCAUGGGGAAGAUGUUCAAGGGACUGGCUCAGUCUGGAGCAUGGGCUUGCUUUGAUGAGUUCAACCGCAUAGAGCUGGAGGUACUUUCUGUAGUGGCCCAGCAAAUCCAGACCAUCCAGCGAGCAGUGAGUGAACACCUGAAGGUGUUUGUGUUUGAGGGGACAGAGCUGUCGCUGGACCCCUCCUGUACCAUCUUCAUCACUAUGAACCCUGGGUACGCCGGCAGGGCAGAACUACCAGAUAACCUCAAGGUUUUGUUCCGCACUGUGGCUAUGAUGGUUCCAGACUAUGCCCUGAUCAGUGAGAUCUCCCUGUACUCCAUGGGGUUUGUGGAUGCCCCCAGUCUGGCACACAAGAUUGUAGCAACGUACAGGCUCUGUUCAGAACAGUUGUCCUCUCAGCAUCACUAUGACUACGGGAUGCGAGCAGUGAAGGCGGUGCUGACAGCAGCUGGUAACCUCAAACUGCGCCAUCCCGACCAACCAGAGAAUGUGCUGGUGCUUAGGUCAAUCAACGAGGUUAACCUUCCAAAGUUCCUGUCCCAUGACAUCCCCCUGUUUGAGGGGAUCAUCUCCGACCUGUUCCCAGGGGUGGUCAUGCCGAAGCGAGACUUGGGCAGCCUGGAGACUGGUCUGAUCAGCAACAUCCGCAGCAGGGGGCUGCAGCCAGUGCCCUGGUUCAUAGAGAAGAUUGUUCAGAUCUAUGAGAUGAUCCUGGUAAGACAUGGGUUGAUGAUUGUUGGAGACCCCCUUGGUGGCAAAACAAGUGCCUUCAAGGUCCUUGCUGGAGCUCUGGCAGACCUGGAGAAGGAGGGGUAUGAGGAGAACAGGGUUGAAUAUUGCAUAAUGAACCCCAAAGCUGUCACCAUGGGCCAGCUGUAUGGACAGUUCGACCCUGUAUCACAUGAGUGGUCAGAUGGGGUGCUAGCUAAUGUGUUCAGAGACCAUGCCACCAGUGUGACAGACUACAGGAAGUGGAUCAUCUUUGAUGGACCAGUAGAUGCUGUCUGGAUAGAGAACAUGAACACAGUCCUAGAUGACAACAAAAAGCUAUGCCUGAUGUCUGGAGAGAUCAUCCAGAUGAGCUCAAAGCAAAACAUGAUCUUUGAACCAAAAGACCUGGAGCAGGCUUCCCCAGCCACAGUCAGCAGAUGUGGUAUGAUCUACAUGGAGCCAUCCCAGCUGGGUUGGAGACCCCUGGUGACCUCAUGGCUCCAGCUGAAGCUGCCUGAGAGCCUGACCAAGGUACAGGCCAAGACUGUGGAGUUGAUGUUUGAAUGGCUGCUGCCCCCCUGUCUGCAUUUUGUGCAGAAGUCCUGUCACCAGCUGGUCAGGAUCUCCCCCAUGCACAUGACCAUGUCCAUGCUUCAGCUCUACUCCAUCCUACUAGAUGAUCUCAAGCAACUUGUAAGUGAAGAUAAUGAUGAUGAUGAUGAGUGGAAUGAUGACAACAUGACAGAAAGUACUGAACCUACCAAACAGUCAGUAUCUGAGGCCAAAAUACAGGAGGAGCGCACCAACAUGAUCAUCUGUCACUUCCUGUUUGCCCUGGUCUGGUCGGUGGGAGGGGCUGUGGAUGCUCCGUCUCGAGAACUGUUUGGAGAGUUUUUCAGAAGCCUUUGUGACUCUGAGACAGGAAAAGGCAAAAAUCCAAGACCCAAAGACCUGAAGGUUGCCCGCAGCCUGUUCAUGCCCAAGAAGGACAGUGUGUACGACUUUGUGUACAUGAGGAAGAACAACUUUGGAUCCUGGUUCAAAUGGCAGAGCCUGGUACAACCAGUAGACAUUGCAGAGAAAGCACAGACCACAAAGCUGGAUGAUUUGUCAGUUCGAAUCAUGGCAAGUGAGAUCAUCGUGCCAACGGUGGAAACCGAGCGACAAAGGUUCUUCCUGUCGUGGUUUGUCGGACGAGAGGUCCCCCUCCUCUUCGUGGGUCCCACAGGAACAGGGAAGUCUGCCAUCACCAACAGCUUCCUGAUGGGUCUGAGUAAGGACCGCUACAUGAUCAACAUUGUCAACUUCUCAGCACAGACAUCUGCCAACCAGACUCAGGAUAUCAUCUUCUCAAAACUGGAUAGGAGAGGCAAAGGUGUGUAUGGGCCCCCACCAGGCAGGAAGUGUGUUGUGUUUGUGGAUGACCUGAACAUGCCAGCCAAGGAGAAGUAUGGAGCCCAGCCACCAAUAGAGAUCCUCAGGCAGUAUGUGGACCAUGGGUACUGGUUUGACAGGAAAGACACAAGUAAGGUUCAGCUGAAGGACCUGAUCAUGCUGUCAGCCAUGGGUCCUCCAGGCGGGGGGCGCAACACGGUGACCUCACGUUACCUACGGCACUUCAACAUCAUCUCCAUCGACUCUUUUGACCAGGAGACCAUGAAGAACAUCUUUGCACCUCUCCUGGACUGGCACUUCAACAGGGGCUUUGAAACAGGCCUCAAGAGAUUUUCUAGGAUCAUGACAUGGGCCACCACCGAAGUCUUCUCCCAGGCAGUAGCCAACUUCCUGCCCACCCCGUCCAAGUCCCACUACCUGUUCAACCUGCGGGACUUCUCCCGCGUGGUGCAGGGUGUGCUGCUGCUCAGCGCAGAGACCAUGUGUGGGGGGAAGGAGGCAGAGUAUAAGCUGAUCAGGCUCUGGGUCCAUGAGGUGUACCGUGUGUUCUAUGAUCGACUGGUGGAUGAUGAGGAUCGGAAAACUUUCUUUGGCAUCGUUAAGAACGUGGUGCAGACCCAGUUUAAGGAGAAAGUAAACCAGGUGUUUGGUCACCUGUCUGUGUCUAAGGAAGUGCAGGAUGAUGACAUCAGGAGUCUGUUCUUUGGGGACUUCAUGACACCAAGGGAGGAGGGGAAGAGAUAUGAUGAAAUCAUGAACAUGGAGGACCUGAGAAUGACUAUGGAGAAGUUCCUGGAAGACUACAACACCAUGAGUAAGGCCCCCAUGGACCUGGUCAUGUUCAAGUUUGCCAUUGAGCACAUCUCACGGAUCAGCAGGGUUCUAAAACAACCGAAUGGCCAUGCACUACUUGUUGGAAUUGGAGGCAGUGGUCGUCAGAGCCUGACCCGCCUGGCUGCCUUCAUGGCAGACUAUGAGCUGUACCAGGUGAACGUCAGUAAGACCUACACAGCCCAUGACUGGAAGGAAGACCUGAAGAAGAUGAUGAGAAGAGCAGGAGAGGAGGGAGUCCACUCUGUCUUCCUGUUUGCUGACCAUCAAAUAAAGGAUGAGUCCUUCUUGGAGGAUGUGAACAUGAUCCUGAACACAGCAGACAUCCCCAACCUGUAUGAGAAUGAAGAGAGGCUAGAAAUCAUAGAGAAGCUCAGGGAAGAAGAGAAGCAGGAAAAAUCCCAGUUUACCACUAUGAUGCAGCAGUUGGUACAGACGGAGCAGCAGCAGAUUGAGACCACCCCACUCAACAUGUACAACAAGUUCAUCGAGCGUGUGCGGCGCCACCUCCACGUGGUGCUGGCCUUCAGCCCCAUCGGUGACGCCUUCAGGAACCGCCUGCGGAUGUUCCCCUCCCUCAUCAACUGCUGUACUAUUGACUGGUUUAAGCAACUGGAAGACAACAUUGAGCUGACAAAGGUGAAGCUGAUCCGUGCAGAGAAGCUGAUCUCUGGUCUGGGUGGAGAGAAGGAACGCUGGACCCAGCUGGUGCACGAGCUGACAGACACCUACCAGAACAUCGUGGGGGACGUGCUGCUGUCAGCAGGGGUGGUCGCCUAUCUGGGGCCCUUCACACUCUCAUUCAGACAGGAUAUCAUUGGGGAAUGGUACAGUAUGUGCCAUGAGAAGGGUAUCCCAGUGUCCGACAAGUUCUCCCUCUCACAAACCCUGGGAGAUCCUGUUAAGGUCAGAGACUGGCAGCUGGCAGGGCUACCCAAUGACUCAUUCUCCGUGGACAAUGCUAUAAUUGUGAGCAAUGCAAAGAGAUGGCCACUGAUGAUUGACCCCCAGGGCCAAGCCAACAAGUGGGUGAAAAACCUGGAGAAACGCAACAAACUACACAUCAUCAAGCUCAGUGAUGCCAUGUACACACGCACACUGGAGAACUGUAUACAGUUUGGGAACCCUGUCCUGUUGGAGAAUGUUGGAGAGGAGUUGGAUCCAGUCCUGGAACCCCUGCUGCUCAGACAAACCUUCAAACAGAGUGGAAUGGACUACAUCAGGCUGGGGGAAAAUGUCAUCGAGUACAGCAGGGUAAGUCGAGCUCAUCUGGAGGGGGCUCGCACAAAGAAACUCCUCAAGGAGAUAGAGGACAGAUCCUAGAAAGUCUUGGCACUAUCUCAAGGCAACAUCCUGGAGGAUGAGACUGCCAUAGAGAUUCUGUCAUCCAGCAAGGCCCUGAGUCAGGAGAUCAGUGAGAAACAGGAGGUGGCCUCACGGACAGAACGGGAGAUCGACGACACCAGGAAUGGCUACAAACCUGUUGCCAAGCACUCUUCUGUCCUGUUCUUUGCCAUCUCGGACCUGGCCAACAUUGAGCCCAUGUACCAGUACAGCCUCACCUGGUUCAUCAACCUGUAUCUACAGUCCAUCAUAAACAGUGAUCCAUCUCCUGUACUGGAGGAGAGAAUCACCAAUCUCAACAACCACUUCACAUACAGCAUCUACCAGAACGUGUGCAGGUCCCUGUUUGAGAAGGACAAGCUUCUGUUCUCCUUCCUACUGUCCAUUGGGCUGGCCAGGAUGGUCGAGGGUGCAGUAGAUGAAGAUGAGUGGAGGUUCCUCCUGACUGGAGGUGUUGCCCUUGACAACCCUUACCCCAACCCUGCUCCUGAUUGGUUGAAAGACAAGUCCUGGAAUGAGAUUGUGAGGUGUUCUGAUCUGACAGCCUUCCAAGGUUUUAUGCAACAUUUCAAAUCCAACUUGGGAUCCUGGAAGAGCAUCUACGACUCCAACUGUCCCCAUGAGGAAGAGCUGCCUGAACCCUGGAACAGUAAACUCAGCUUUCUGGAGAAGGCAAUUGUGUUACGGUGCAUCCGGCCAGACAAGAUCACAGAUCCUGAGAAGACAAAGCCAGAGUUCCGGCUGUGGCUGACGUCCUACCCCUCCCCAGCCUUCCCUGUCUCAGCCCUGCAGAAUGGUGUGAAGAUGACCAAUGAACCACCCAAGGGUCUGAAGGCAAACCUGCUCAGGUCCUACCUGAAUGAUCCUAUCAGUGACCCAGACUUCUUCAAUGGAUGCAAUAAACCUAAGCAUUGGCAGAAGCUGCUGUUUGGUCUGUGCUUCUUCCACGCACUAGUCCAGGAGCGGCGUAACUUUGGUCCCCUGGGAUGGAACAUUCCAUACGAGUUCAACGAGUCCGACCUCAGGAUCAGCGUCAAGCAACUCCAAAUGUUCCUCAACGACUACGACAAGGUUCCACUAGAUGCCCUGACGUAUCUGACCGGAGAAUGCAACUACGGGGGUCGGGUGACUGACGAGCGUGACCGUCGCCUGCUCACCAGCAUACUGGCCAUCUUCUACUGCCCACAGAUCACCCAGGAUGAUGAGUACAAGUUAUCCCCCAGUGGCCUGUACUACGCACCUCAGCAAGGUAGCUACGACUCCUUUGUGGAGUAUGUGCGAGCGUUGCCAUGGACACCACACCCUGAGGUGUUCGGUCUCCACGAGAAUGCAGACAUCUCCAAGGAGCAGCAGGAGACGCAGCAGCUGCUGGACGGGAUCCUGCUGACCCAGCCUCGACAGGCAGCAGGGGGAGGCAAGUCUGCAGAGGACCUCAUCCUGGAGCUGGCCUCGGAUAUCCUCUCCAAGAUCCCUCCUAACUUCAACUUGGAGCAAGUGCAGACCAAGUACCCAGUCCGUUAUGAGGAGUCCAUGAACACUGUCCUGGUUCAGGAGCUGAUCCGGUUCAACCGCCUCAUCACGGUGAUCCGCACCAGUCUGCAGGACAUCCGCAAGGCCACCAACGGGCUGGUGGUCAUGUCGUCAGAACUGGAGGAUGUGUUUGACAGCAUGAUGGUGGGAAAGAUCCCAGCAAUGUGGGCUGCCAAGUCCUACCCUUCUCUCAAGCCACUGGGCAGCUACAUUGCUGACCUGAUAGCAAGGCUGCAGUUCUUCCAGGUGUGGAUAGAUGGCGGUCCUCCCCAUGUGUUCUGGUUAUCAGGGUUCUACUUCACCCACUCCUUCAUGACUGGGGCCAUCCAGAACUAUGCCAGGAAGUACAAGAUCCCCAUUGACCACCUGGCCUUUGAGUUCUUUGUACAGAAGGAGGAGAAGAAGAUGCCAGGCAAACCGACUGAUGGAGUCUAUGUGAGGGGCCUGUUCCUUGAGGGCGCACGUUGGGACCGACAGAAAGGACUUCUCGCAGAGUCUCUACCCAAAAUCCUUUACGACACCCUGCCAGUCAUAUGGCUCAAACCAGGAAAGAUAUCUGAGAUCACAGAAAAGGCAACCUAUGAGUGUCCAGUGUAUAAGACAAGUGCGCGGCGUGGGGUCCUCUCAACGACUGGCCACUCCACAAACUACGUGCUGAGUAUCCAGUUGCCAACCGACCAACCACAGGACCACUGGAUCAUCCGCGGCGUGGCUGGCCUCUGUCAGCUUAAUGACUAAUGCCUGUGCCAUGGCUGCCACAACCUCAUCACUCAGCGUUGCCCCCCAUCUCACCAUAAGCCAGGAUAGCUAUCAAAUACAAUCUCUAGUCUUAGCACACCAGUUCCCCAUAUUUUAAGUAUUACACUUGAGAAAGAAUACAGAUUAAUUUGUAAUACAGUUGCCCAACUACAAGUAACUGAUAACAUCUAUGUGUACAUUGUAAUAACUACCUCCACUAUUCUAACAUUUAAUCCAACAGCAUUUGAUUUAUUGGUCCCUCACACUUUUGUUUGAAACUUUUUGUCAUGUUUGUAGAGAAUGUUGAUUUAAACGUUAUAUCACUGAGCUAACAUUUACGUGACUUGUACAUUUCUGUAUACAUGGGUGCAGUCAAUCUUCACCAUAAACAAACUAAAGAAUCUUGCAACAUUUAAAAAACUUAAGUGCACUACAAUUCCAUGUGUAAUGAAUGAUGGAACUUUGGAUAAAAAAUUUCAGCUUGAAAGAUUAUCUUUCAUGAUGUACAUAAUAGCAGUAAUCAAGAGAGUAUAUAAUCAUGUUAUUUUACCAGAAGCAAUGUGCAACUUGUAACAGAGGAUCACAAUUAGAAAUAAGGAGAAUUAAUUGAAUGUGUACAUAUUUUUGUUCUGCUUUUGUAUAAAGUGUUUUGUGAGCCGCUCCCUGAAAAUGAUAUCAUCAGAUGUUCUAUCAGAAAAUGCAUUAUCCCAUGCCCAUGGAAUCAAAGAGUUAAGAGCAAAUUGCUGCUUAAGAACAAUGUUUAUUGAAGUGGAGCAAAAUGUAGUCAGCUAUACCAAGUGAGGAUGCACAGUCUUUAAUUCAGCCCAAUUAGUGUAUAUACGCAAAUAAUUAAAGUGAACUAUUGGGGAAUUAUAUUUUUGUAUUUACUGAGAUUCUCAUGUUGAAUAAACGUCCUUUUGUUGAAAA